AUGUAUGCCUACAUUGGCUACAUCGUUGGGGCGACGAUUUCAUAUUUUGUCACAACUUUUGUGCUGGGGGACUACAUGCGGAAACGACUGGCCGCAAACUCCCAGCUCUAUCAGAAGUUCGAGGCCAAUGUCCGUCGCAAUGCCUUUGCUUACCUUGUAGCUGCGCGCUACACCAUGGUCUUCCCUUUCUUUUGCGUGAACGGAGCAGCCGCCUUGGUCGGGGUUCGAUGCAGGACUUUCAUUGCCGCGACCUCUGUGAGCUGUAUUCCGGGCUCCGUAAUUUACACAACUGCAGGGGGCGCGCUGGCCAACUUGCUACAUAAAAUGACUGAUGAUGAGGAACUGGACAAAAGUCAGUUGAUUUGGGCAGCUCUGAGUGAUAGCAAUGUGAAGAUUUGCAUGGCGGGCGUCACAUGUGCGCUCAUGGUGGUAGCCAUCAUCCAGUUCACUCAGUCGGAGGAGAAAUCCAAGGGAUCCUGAAAUCCUGUCCUGAGCUGAAACGAGUCGCUGCAUGGUGGGGCCCCACUGGAAAUGGCUUCAAGCCAAGCCUUAGAGCCUUGGUCCAUUUCCGGAAGGUUGGCCGACUGACUUGGAGAAAA